AUGCCCAAAAUCACCAAUGUUGUUGCCAUUGCGGAUUUAAACACUAUCCUGGACCUGAAAAGAAUUGAAGAACACCUUCCUAUGGCACAGUACAUUCCACAAAAGUUUUCGGGCCUGCUCCUGCGAAUCCUGUCGCCCUACAAAGCGCAUUGCCAGCUGUACCAAAACGGUAAGAUUACCGUUAAUGGUGCGCGGUCUGAACCAGACGCCCGGGAGCUGGUUCAGCGUUUCGCCAAAAUUCUGGCUAGUGUGGGUUUUACCUGUACGGUUACCAACUACCGUGUGGUGAAUAUUGUGGGCAAUCAUGCAUUUCCUAACCGUUUGCAUAUUGAAAAGUUUAAAGCGGUACGCGAGAUUCAGGAAAUGAUCGAUGAAUUUAAUAAAUCAUUGCUCUAA